UUUAACAAUGGAGAAACUAAAAGGAGGAAUUGAAGGGAAACAGUGUGAGUUCACUAAAUACAAGAACAAAGUUCGUUGACUCUUCGCUGUCCAGAGCAAGAACACCAAAUACUGUAACUUCCACGCUUACCUCGACUCUGACGAGUUCGUUCUCUGUCCAGUAGACCCCAGCCACUCGGUCAAGAAGGAAAAACUUGAAAAGCAUGUGAAGAAAUGCAACAAGACUAAGGACAACGCUAAGCUAGAGCAAUCAGAAUGGUACAAAAAGGAUAUUAAUGUUGUUAACCCUUUGUUUGACCUUAAAUCCGUCGAGGAGCCCAAAAGACUGAAGACCUUCAGCCAGGCUGAACUUGACGCUUGGUACAUAAGAAUCGACGAAGUCUGGCAAACUGUCAAAGACCAAAUCAUCCAAAUGGUGGAUUCUGACCAGACAGAAGAAGAGAAAUUAGCAGCAUUAGGAGUAGUUGAUAUAGAAGAGAUUAAAGAAUCGCAGGAGCCAAAGGAACCAAAGGAGGAGGAGAAGAAACAGGAAAAAUUGGAGCUGACCAAAACGACCAAACAUACCCUCCAGCAUAACAAGAUUGUCGAUAUGAUGGAUAAUUAUGGACUUUUAAAGCACAGAGAUAUAAAGUACCUGGAAUACGGAGCUGGAAGAGGCCUCUUAUCGCACUACUUGCAUGAAAGGCUUGAUUCAAAGCUCUCUGAAGAAGAAAAGAAGAACCAUGAGGAAAAUAAUUUUGAGUUUUACUUAAUAGAGAGGGAAAAGAUUAGAUAUCUAGCAGAUAGACACUAUAAAGAGCAUAAUAAUCAUAAAAGGAUUAGAGUUGAUAUCUCACAUUUUGAUAUUUCUCACAUCCAUCAAGAGCACUCACUCAAAAAGAGUGAAAAGGAACCAACCAAAGAGUUGGAAGCUUCUGAAGAAGUAAAGGAACCAAAUACUGAGCCAGAUGAUGGUAAACUAUUCUCAAAAUACUUGGUAGAUCCUAAUAUAAAGAUUGUUGGGAUUGCCAAACAUUUGUGUGGAGGUGCCACAGAUCUUGCCAUCCAUUCCUUAACUCAGUCCCCUCUAACUUAUGGAGUAAUAAUUGCAACCUGCUGUCACCAAAGAUGUGACGAGAGGACCUACGUCAACAUUGAUUACCUGAAUGAACUAGGAUUUAAAAAGGAUUACGAAAAGAGUUGGUUGUUCAAAACAACCUCAUGGGCAGUCAGUGGAGCAUACAGAAUUGAUAAAGCAGCGGAAGAUGAUAGCAUCAGUAAAAAUUCCCUCAGAAAGACAGUUACAGGUUAUAAAGCCAAAAGAAUUCUCGAACUCGGCAGAGCUAUGAUCCUUAAAAAGAAGUGUAACCUAAAGGUUUCCCUCAAACAAUACUGUUCCAAGAUAGAAUCACCUGAAAACAUGUUGCUUAUAGGAAUAAGAGAGUAAAUUUCAAUA